UGGACCAAGACCCGAAAGGGACUAAGAAUAUUAGGACUAACCAUCCUUCAGUGGUACACAGCUGAAAGUUAUAUAAACAUAACCUUAUUUAUUUAUCAUGGAGUAUGUAACGUGUUUUAUUUUGCUGACAACAGCCUUCAUCUCACAGGUGAUGGCGAUCUGUCCGGCGACAUGCGAGUGUCCCACAGGCCAUCCGGUUUGCCCUCCAGGAGUUAGUACUUUACCAGAUGGAUGUGGGUGCUGCAAAGUGUGUGCGGCACAGCUUAACCAAGACUGCAGUCCCAUCAAGCCUUGUGAUUAUUACAAAGGGCUGGAAUGCAAUUAUGGCAACGACAUCACGGAGGCCUGGGGUGUGUGUCGAGCUAAAUCAGAAGGACGCUCAUGCGAAUACAGCGGCAGAAUCUACCAGAAUGGCGAGAGCUUCCGCGUUGGCUGUAAACACCAGUGUACCUGCAUGGAUGGCGCUGUCGGCUGCGCACCUCUUUGUGAUCACAAGCUGCCCGCGGCCUCGCCAUCGUGUCCUUUCCCUCAGCUGGUCAGGUUGCCCGGCCAGUGUUGUUUCACUGUGGACUGCCAUAAAGGCACCUGGCGCAUUCCAACCAAACAUGAUCCAAAGAUGUCUUUUCCAAAACAAUGGCCACCCAAACUGGAGCACGGUCCUGCCCCUCAGCCUCAUGAAAAUGAUCUGCCAGUGACCAAUGAGAUUGCGCCCCUGAAGACAAGUGGCUGGGAGGCUAAACAUGGCUACAAAUACCUGCCUGUGCAGAGCCACAAGCAAAAGUGUUCAAUCUUUACCACUGAAUGGUCUCAGUGCUCACGUAAUUGUGGGACCGGCAUCUCCUCUCGCCUCUCCAACAAGAACCCACAGUGCAAGCUGGAGAGAGAGACAAGACUGUGUACAGUGCGGCCAUGUAGCACUGUGCAGCCUCUUCUGAGCAAGAAAGGCAGGAAGUGCUCCACCAUGCAAAAAUCCCCAGUCCCCCUCCGUCUGACCUUUGGUGAGUGUGUAAGCGUGCGCCUCUACCGGCCCAACUUCUGUGGCCAGUGUUCAGACAGACGCUGCUGCUCACCACGUCGCUCCCGCACCCUGCCAGUCGACUUCGUCUGCCCGGAUGGCCAGCGCCUGCAGCGGUCGUCCAUGUUCAUCCAGUCGUGCAAAUGCAGCGAGGCGGCCUGUGGCCACCUGAACGACGUGGCCCUCCCACCACAGCACUGGAUGUACGGAGACAUGCACAAAUUCAUAGACAAGCAGUGAUUUUGCAGGAUUUGUACUUGCAACAAGACGACGAGCCAGGUUUUAGAUUGCUUUUCUUGGCUCCAAGUGAAGAAGACUAAGACCCCCCUGGUUGUAAUGCGUGUGUCCAAUAGUGGCCUUGUUCAGACGAGGGAGCUAAAUUAGACCCCUGACGCAGCCUUGGACUUCCCUCCGUCACGGGGGAUAAGAUUGCUUAUUCUGACAUGAAGGGUAUUUUUGAGACGCUCCUGAGAAGCCGCAAGUGGGAAAAACCUUCACAAUGAAAAAGGACCUUCGACUAUAUUCAGCAGGGUUUUUUUUUUUGUGUGUGUGUGGUGUACUUAAGCCCCGAAAAAACUUGCACAGGGCUAACGUUAUAUUUUUGUACUGAUAACUCCCAGAGUUGAAACAAUUGAAGGUUGAAGUAAGUCAUUUGUGCAAAAAGUAGUCAGAUUGUGGCUAUUCAAACUGUUUUUUGUCGCGAGACCAGCAAGUACAGUAAGUUCACUGUACAGUACAAAUGUUGAGAUACAGUAUGGUGGCAGUGACCUUGGUUCAACUUGCUUCACAACAAUCAUCUGUAAAUAAUACAACAAAUAAAAUAUUAAACUAUUAGUCAAGCUAUGUAAUUCACCAAUCAGUUUACCUUCGACCAAAGGAAAGACAAUCACGUUUACUUGAAAUAAACUUGUCUGAAAAAUGGUGACUGUUAGUGAAAUGCUAUAAUAAAAAAUGACAUCAACAUGCUAACUGUUAGCAUUGAUAGUUUGCUUUUACAACAUUUAAGCAAUGAAUGUUUGAACACAUUGAGAUGGAUAAUAGAACAAAAUUCAUAGGAAUAUAUUUUUUAAGAUCUUUGAAAAAUAUAUAUCAAUCUACUCAGAGGUAAGAGUAGCAUUAAUUCUAAAUAAUAUUACUCAAGUAAAAGAAAAAGUAAUUGUCCAAAAAUAAGUACAAGUAAAAAAAAAAUUCGUUGAAAAGAAUACUCAAGUGAUGAGUAACAUUGUGAGUAACUGCUUACAAUGUCUGAUUUGUUUUUUUUGUUGUUUUUUUUUUCUUAGCACAACUUCAUCUAUAUGAACUUUUAUUAUUCAACUGUGCUAUAGCCUAGUGGUCCCCAACCUUUUAUGCACCACGGAGUAGUGUGAUAUUGGCCUUUUUUUUCACAGAACGGCAAUGUGUGUGCGAAAAUUAAAAUAACUUUAAAAUAACACGACGGGGCUAAAAAUGAACAAUAAGUGCAGGGAAACUGUAACUCGCCAUACGCUGAAACAACCUUUUUUUAACAGAGGCCCCUCCUAAAACUUGACGGCAAAUAUCCUUGGUCGCAGGCAUAAUGAGUUCUUCUCAAAUCGUGAAAGGUUUCUUGGCCUUCGCAAUACGGUUCGCUCUCAGUGCAUCCGCUUUUGUUGCCUCGUUUACUAGCCACAUAUUAUGCAGAAUGGAGAAUUGACUUGGUUGUAGGCUCCUCUUCUGGGUCAGCAGGUGGCCUUUUCACGGUAAAAAAGCUGUCCAAAGACUACGACGCCCGUAGUACCUAGCCAGCAGCAGCUAACGUUACUGUUUACAUUGACUGACGCUGGACUGUUAUAGGUGUACAAACCCACCACUAAUGGCGGCCAACCACUAGAGGGCGACGUACACAACUCUCUACUCCAGACAUGUCCAAAGUCCGGCCCGGGGGCCAAAUGCGGCCCGUGGUCAAAUUUCAUCUGGCCCCCAGCCUCUGUCAUAAAAUUAAUAACGUCUGGCCCGCACACAGACUUAAUAAAUUGGUCAGCAGUACUGCUACCAGCAUAUGAAGUAGCUUACACGCUAAAUGCUGAUCCUCAUUUACCCACUAAAAAGCAGCAGCACUCUAAGCAACAUUACCCCGCGUUACCCUUUAUUCCCCAUUUCUAAAAUGGCGACAAUCAACAAAAAAAAGAAAGUUGACUGUGCCGACGCUUCAAGGAUAGGUGGAAAUUGGACUACUGUAUUUUUUCUCUAAAAUAUGCAGCAACUGUGUCUGCGUCAUUUGCAAAGAGACAGUCGCUGUUUCUAAAGAGUUCAAUGUGAGGCGAUAUUAACAAACAAGACACGCUGACAUGUACGACAAGAUUACAGGGAAGAUAUGUAGCGUGAAAUUGAAGCAACUUGAGGCUAGUUUAACUUUACAGCAGCAGUAUUUCACAAGAGCCCGAAAGUCGAAAGAGAAUGCCACAAAGGCUAGUUGCGAGAUUGUUGAAAUAAUUAAUUUAGGGCUGUCAAACGAUUAAAAUUUUUAAUCAAGUUAAUCACAGCUUAAAAAUGAAUUAAUCGUAAUUAAUCGCAAUUCAAACCAUCUAUAAAAUAUGCCAUAUUUUUCUGUAAAUUAUUGUUGGAAUGGAAAGAUAAGACACAAGACGGAUACAUACAUUCAACAUACUGUACAUCAGUACUGUAUUUGUUUACUAUAACAAUAAAUCAACAAGAUGGCUUUAACGUUAACAUUCUGUUAAAGCGAUCCGUGGAUAGAAAGACUUGUAGUUCUUAAAAGAUAAAUGUUAGUAAAAGUUAUUGAAAUUUUAUAUUAAAACUAGGGCUGUC